AUGAUGUCGAACAGUACGUCCCGAAAAAGCUUACCAGAGGGCGGUCCUGUGUCGUCUGAGGUCAAGGCGGCAGUUUCGGCUGUCGACUUGGCACCCGACAAGCAGACCAUGACACCCGCUCAGGAAGCAGAAUCCUCGGCGCUGCCCUUAAAGUCAGAUGUAGAAGAGGCGUAUGGAGGUUCAGUUAUGCCAUACUCGGCACUAGAACAGCUGAAAGAGAAGUUAAAAGCUAGAAAAAUACAGAGCGACAAUGUAGGUCAAAGAGACAAGAAUGGCGGCAGUGAGGUGCAAGUUGAAAAGCAAUCAAGUGUUUCUCAGACGUCAGGAGAAUUGCCGUCGCUCAGCGAGCCUGGUGGCGUCAAUGUGGCUAAAUCGACGACCAAAAAGCAUUCCAGAAAGCAAACUAACUCUGUUGAACCAUCUUGCCAUACGGCGGUUCAAUGCCCAAUCCCGGUGACUGAAGGGGAUGGCGUUUCCUUGAAGAACACUGCAAGAAAGGCAGUUGCCAAAUCCGCGAUAGAAUCUCCUGGCACCUCGUCUGCACCGGCCAGACCCACUAAAAUUAAGUCUCUGUUCUAUCAGCGCCCAGAGGCAGGUGGUGCCAAGAAGCCGGUGUCAGAAGCACCCAAUUUUGGGAUUAAGCCUUUGUCGGAAUUAAGAAGCAUUAAUGCGAAUAGCAGCGGUGGUCACGAGUCGUCCACACAACUCGAUGAUACUCCUUCUACUGCAUCAAAAACUGGAAACACAGAAGCUACGGCCGGUGGCAGUCCAGCCACCGCAGCUCAGCUGAACACCACCAAAAAACGUAAGCUUGAAGGCGAUCUCUCCUCACAAUCGGCUACCAACAAGCAAAAUAGCAAGCGUCCGCGUGCUAGCGGAUCUAAGCCUUCUAAUACAACAUCUCCUUCUUCCCCGGAGCAAGACGAAGUUUCGCUCCUCAGACAGAAGCUCCUGUUGCAGCCCGGCUCGAAAAAGGAGACCGAACCUAGCGAAACUGUCUCGAAAAACAGUACCGACCACUGCCUUGCACCUCCAGAAGCAACCGGUACCGACAAAAACAUUUUAGAUCGAAGUUCAGCCGUUAAUUCUCUUCCGAUUAACCACGAUCCCAAACUUCUAGAAACCAAGCAACCUUCUUCCCCGUCCGGCCCUACCAUCGCUGCCCCGCCCUCCCCACAACAAUCUCUCACAACCACCACCAACACUUCCCAGCCCUCCGCGUCUCCUCAAGUCGCACGACCUCGGAACGUGCCACAGAGUGCCGACACGGCGGUCUCUCAACCGAUCAAGCCUUCUCCAGCUCCUGAAUCAAUACCGAGCAAGGCGACGCUAAAACGUAUUAUAUCGCCUAUUUUGUACUCUCAGAAGCCCAAUUCUGUGCCUGUCGCAGACAAGUCGUCAUCUGUUUCAACCACAACCAAGCAAACCUCUAGUCAGGAAGAAGAGCACCUCGUAGGCAACUCAAGUCUAACAAAACCAACUCCCAUUCACCAGGCCGUAUCAUCGUCGUUGCCUUCUGCUUCAACUGACUCGAACAGCGGUAAGGUCGGGUCCUUACCUAAGAACUCUCCCAAUCCACCAAUUUCACCUCAUACGGAUCGCCCCUCUGGCUCUGAACAAAUCUCGCAAUCUCAGGGCUCUCAAGUCCAGGCCUCCUCAACCGCCCCAUCGCCCCUACCGGAAACGCCUACCAGAGACCACGGGAAGCCCAAGGAAAACGCCGGCCUCUCACUCUCAACGCCUCCGUCAUCCGUUGCUGCAACACAUGCGUCGAGUGAUAUCCCUGCAAUCAAUCCGUCUCCUUGCUCGGAACCGAUGCAGUCUUCCAGUUCUGAGACCACCCAGGCUAUGUUGGAAGAGAUUCUCAAGGUCGACGCCGAAAUUGCACGUCUACACAAACAAGUUCGUAUUUUGGAACUCGAGUUAAACGUAAACUUUAAAACCUAA